AUGCCCGGGGGCGUGGGCGCCGUCCGGCUCUGCCUGCUGGCGCUCGCCCUGCCGGGGUGGACCAGAAGAGGAAAUGGGGAAGGCAGCGCCCAGCUACAGCAUGAACGAAUAAUACCUCAGUGGAAGACUGCAGAAAGCCCCACGAAAGAAAAGCAUCCACUCAAAGCUGAGCUCAGGGUAACGGCCGAGGGGCGAGAAUUCAUCUUGGACCUGGAGAAGAAUGAGCACCUUUUUGCUCCAGCCUACACGGAAACCCAUUAUACUCCAAGUGGCAACCCUCAAACCACCACGCUGAAAUCUGAGGACCACUGCUUUUACCACGGGACGGUGAGGAAGGCAGAGCAGUCCAGUGUGACACUCAGCACCUGCCGGGGAAUGAGAGGCCUGAUUAUGGUGAGCAGUAACCUCAGCUACAUCAUCGAGCCCCUGCCUGACAGCGAGGGCCACCACCUUAUUUACAGAUCUGAACAUCUCAAGCUGCCCCUGGGGAACUGUGGGGUCGAGUACUCCAAGUCCACCACCAGGGACUGGGUCCUUCAUUUUAUGAACCAGACCAAGAAACGACCUCGCAGGAUGAAAAGGGAAGAUUUACAUUCCAUGAAGUAUGUGGAGCUUUACCUCGUGGCUGAUUAUGCAGAGUUUCAGAAGAAUCGGCGCGACCAGGACGCCACCAAACACAAGCUCAUGGAGAUCGCCAAUUACGUUGAUAAGUUUUACCGAUCCUUGAACAUCCGGAUUGCCCUCGUGGGCUUGGAAGUCUGGACGCAUGGGAAUAUGUGUGAAGUCUCGGAGAACCCCUACUCUACUCUCUGGUCAUUUCUCAGUUGGAGGCGCAAGCUGCUCACCCAGAAGAACCAUGACAACGCACAGUUAAUCACGGGCAUGUCUUUCCACGGCACCACCAUCGGGCUGGCCCCCCUCAUGGCCAUGUGCUCUGUGUACCAGUCUGGAGGAGUUAAUAUGGACCACUCUGAGAAUGCCAUUGGCGUGGCUGCCACCAUGGCCCACGAGAUGGGCCACAACUUCGGCAUGAGCCAUGAUUCUGCGGAUUGCUGCUCGGCCAGCGCGGCUGACGGCGGGUGCAUCAUGGCAGCUGCCACCGGGCAUCCCUUUCCAAGAGUGUUCAAUGGAUGCAACAGGAAGGAGCUGGACAGGUAUCUGCAGUCAGGCGGUGGGAUGUGUCUCUCCAAUAUGCCAGACACCAGGACACUCUAUGGAGGCCGGAGAUGUGGGAAUGGGUACCUGGAAGAUGGGGAAGAAUGUGACUGUGGGGAGGAAGAGGAAUGUGAGAACCCAUGCUGUAAUGCCUCGAAUUGCACCCUGAAGGAGGGGGCUGAGUGUGCCCAUGGCGCCUGCUGUCACCGGUGUAAGCUGCUGGCCCCUGGAACCCUGUGCCGUGAGCAGGCACGGCAGUGCGACCUCCCAGAAUUCUGCACGGGCAAGUCUCCCCAUUGCCCCACCAACUUCUACCAGAUGGACGGCACCCCCUGUGAGGGUGGCCAGGCCUACUGCUACAAUGGCAUGUGCCUCACCUACCAGGAGCAGUGCCAGCAGCUGUGGGGGCCUGGAGCCCGGCCUGCCCCUGAUCUCUGCUUCGAGAAGGUGAAUGUGGCAGGGGACACCUUUGGAAACUGUGGGAAGGACAUGAAUGGGGAACACAAGAAGUGCAACAUGAGAGAUGCCAAGUGUGGGAAGAUCCAGUGUCAGAGUUCUGAGGCCCGGCCGCUGGAGUCCAACGCAGUGCCCAUUGACACCACCAUCAUCCUGAAUGGGCGGCAGAUCCGGUGCCGGGGCACCCAUGUCUACCGUGGUCCUGAGGAGGAGGGGGACAUGCUGGACCCAGGCCUGGUGAUGACCGGGACCAAGUGUGGCUACAACCAUAUUUGCUUCGAGGGGCAGUGCAGGAACACGUCCUUCUUUGAAACGGAAGGCUGCGGGAAGAAGUGCAAUGGCCACGGGGUCUGCAACAACAACCAGAACUGUCACUGCUUCCGGGGCUGGGCCCCGCCCUUUUGCAACACGCCCGGCCAGGGGGGCAGCGUCGACAGUGGGCCUAUGCCCCCUGACGGUGUUGGUCCUAUGAUAGCCGGAGUGUUUACGGCCAUGUUUGUGCUGGCGGUCCUUAUGCUGAUCUGCUACUGCUGCAAACAGAACAACAAACUGGGCCAACUCAAGCCCUUAGUCCUCCCUUCCAAACUGAGGCAACAGUUCAGUUGUCCCUUCAGGGUGUCUCAGAACAGUGGAACUGGCCACGCCAACCCAACGUUUAAGUUGCAGACGCCCCAGGGCAAGCGAAAGGUGACCAACACCCCUGAAACCCUGCGGAAGCCCUCCCAGCCUCCUCCUCGGCCCCCUCCAGACUAUCUGCACGGCGGCUCCCCACCUGUGCCAUUGCUGACGCACCUCAGCAGAGCUGCUAGGGGCUCCCCAGGGCCCGGGUCCCAAGUAGAGAGGAAGGAGUCAUCCAGGAGGCCUCCUCCAAGCCGGCCAGUUCCCCCAGCCCCAAACUGCAUCCUCUCCCAGGAUUUCUCCAGGCCGCGGCCGCCACAGAAGGCACUCCCAGCUAACCCAGUGCCAGGCCGCAAGAGCCUCCCCAGGCCAGGUGGCGCUUCCAUCCUGCAGCCCACUGCCACUUAAGAGGCCCGUCUUCAGCCCCGGCCUCUGGCAGCACCUGUCCCAAAGUUUCCUGAAUACAGAUCACAGAGGGCUGGGGGGGAUGAUUGGCUCGAAGACCUAGACCCCUCUAAAGGGGCUUCUGCCUUUCCUUGAGGACUCUGAAUCCCCCAGAGGAUCUGUGGCCAUGGAGUCUGGAACAAGCAUGUCUGG